UUUCCGCUCAAAGAAUUGUUAUGGCGAGCUCUGACGAUGUAGUGCGUUGUACUCCUCAGGGGGUGAACUACAACACUCUACAACACAUGGUGAACGCAGACGGGCAGUAUCUGUUCUGCAAGACUUGGGAGCCCGAUCUGAAGGAAGGCGAGAAACCUAGAGCACUUCUAUUCCAUGCACAUGGCUUAAGGUGCCACUGUGGUCUACUAUCCUCCAUCUUGGCACAACUUCUCAAUGAGCACGGGAUACUGGUCUUCUCACACGACCACGUCGGCCAUGGUCAGAGUGAGGGGAUUCCAGGAGACCACAUGGACCUAGAAGCCAUGACCAGGGACGUCUUACAACACGUUGAAAUGGUGUCGGCCAGGUACCCAGGUGUGCCCAUCUUCUUGUCGGGACAGUCCAUGGGUGGCCCUAUUGCAAUCCGGGCAUCCCUGCAGCGUCCUGAUCUAUUUGCCGGGAUGCUACUGUUGUCCCCUGCUAUACGGGCCGCGCUGCUGGCAGGGAUGAUCGUCAUAGGAUCAAUCGGUGCCUGGCUGCUUCCAGAGGUCCGUGUGGGCGGGCCUCGGCCGCUUCUGCUAAGCAAACACCAGGAAAGUCAAACGAUGUACGCAAACGAUCCUUUCGUCUUUAAAGAAGGGAUUAAGUUGCGGGCGGCACAUCAGCUGCUUAAUGGUAUAAAAGAAACACGUCAGCGGCUCCAUGAAGUCGAGUGCCCAUUUCUGAUACUACACGGUGAGAACGACUCCGUAACAGACAUCGGGGGGUCCCGAGAACUGUAUGAGCAGGCCAGGAGUCAAGAUAAACAAAUAAAGACGUACCCCAACUGUCUACACAACUUACUGCUGGAAACGCCUGACGAUGUAGAGAAGGUUCAGAAGGACAUCGUGGAUUGGUUGUUACCCCGUGUGCACCGGGCACAGACUUCCUCCUCACAUGUAUGGUUAUGAACUCUCAUUACUACACCCCAUAAGGGGUGGUAUAACUCCAAUGGUGCAGUAUAACACCGUAUGCAUAUACUACUAGUAGUACUUCUACUACUGACGCUUAUGAACGUUACACGUCCAUGUAAACAAUAUUCAGAUACAAGUCAAUCUCUACUACUGGAUAAAUUUUCUUCCGGACGUUUUAAGAGGCAUCCAUCACUCUUCUUCAGCAUCGCUAGUGAAGAAAAUUGUAUUUGAAUACUUCUACUACUAUUACUACACAUAUCACAGUUUUGUAACUGUGCUUAUCAUCCAAAAUAUACCUGCAUUUCUUUGAUCGCAGAUGAUAGGUGUGCAAGCAUUGUUUACAUUGUAAAUGCCAUAUACUGAUUGUUUUCUUUAACGCACAUUUUGUUGGAAUAGGUUGAGUCAAUCAGAUGAAGGUCCAGGGAACUGAAUGAUACAUCGAUUUUAUUCCCGUAUCGUUAUACAUGUAUAUGUCGUAUAGAAGAUAUCAGAGGUGAAAUUUGAUUCAAUAUACGUUACAUAGUGUUGUAGUAUAUGAAAUGCAGUACAUGUUUUACCAUGUGUGCGCACAUUAGCCUGAGUAGCCACCAUUAUAUUUGACUACGAUAUACAUGUGAUAAUUGCUGUCUAGAAUAGCACUCGUCAAUAGAUCGUCAAUUAUGCGUAUGUAUCAUGACUAGUCUGACUAAGAUAUUGUGCUGCUAUGUCUAAAUCAUGAUAUAAUGACGCCAACUAUUACCUAGCUUGUAUAUAUCGUUCUGAUAAUUGGAUUCAGUACGGAUUGUAAACGUUUUGGUAAUAUAUGAUGCUAAACAAGUAAACAAUGCUUCAUAUCAAA